UUGAUCUUUACGGAAGUGACCCAUAGCAAAAAUCUGUGACACUUGGUUGAUGAAUACUUCAUGAUCUAAGCAUGAUAUAACAAUGUCGUCGUUACUGAGCAGUGGCUCAAAGCCCGUCCUUCAUGUAGUUGUCAUAGGAUUUCAUCACAAGAAAGGCUGUCAGGUUGAAUACUCAUACCCACCGCUCAAAGAUGGAGGUGAAGUACACAGUAACGAAUGCCCACCAGAAUGGAAACACCUCCCAUCACUUGCAGUGCCCGAUGGUGCACACAAUUAUAUAGAAGAUACCAUAUAUUUCCAUUUGCCGGAAAGGGAAGGGACAAACAAGACUGUGUAUGGUGUGGCUUGCUACAGACAGAUUGAUGCAAAGGAGUUGAAGAUAAAAACAGAUGACAUAACACGCAGUACUGUACAGAAAAGUGUUUGUGUGCUGAGCAAUUUGCCAUUGUAUGGUUUAAUACAAGCUAAGCUGGAGCUGAUUACACAUGCAUACUUCCAAGAGUUAGAUUUCAGUAGAGUUUCUCUGCUGGAAGAGACAUACAACAACCUUAAUGCCUCGCUUACAGAAAGCCUCCUUGAUGGAGGCUCACAGGUUUUCCUGGGUAUGGAUAUAAAGGAUUUGGUGCAGACAUUCAGACAUAAAGUACUGGUGCUGUUUAAAUUGAUCUUGCUGGAAAGAAGGGUAUUGUUUACUGGUUCACCGGUGGAGAAAUUGGGCAACACGUUACUGUCUGUUCUCUCAUUGUAUCCAGGUAUGAUAGAGCAUGGUUUGGUAGAGAGUACUGCCUAUGGCAUACACAAACAGAUAUCACCUACCAUAGCAAACACAAAGAUCAGCAGUGAUUCUGAAGAUUUUCUUGAGAUUAGGUACUCAGAAGAUUUACGUCCUGAGGUCUACCAGUAUUACAGUAACGAACCUGAAUCACCGACAAUGGACAGAGGUGGAGAAAAACUGUUCCACAAUAAUAAUACUCCAAAUUCUAAACUAUCUAGUCAUCUGAGUGAUACAAAAGACCUCCCGCCAACACUAAAUGCUAAAAAUAGUAAUCACUUUUUUGCAAACACUCUCGGGAAUUGUGCAAAUAUGAAGAGUACUGUAGGUACAGACAUUGAAGAAAACUUACAUUAUGUCGAUGAUCAUUAUGCAAAGGAUGAAAAUGGUAAAAUCCAAAAAGCAUUCGGUGAUAGUGAUAGAGCGAUAGGAAUACAUAAACGUUUGAACGGUUCAAGUGAUAAAGUAAAAGUGCAUAGACAAAUGAGUGAUACAACUGGUGGGAGAGUUAGAGUUCAUAACCAUGUCAGUGACAAUAAUGAAGGGAAAGAUGUGGCAAGAAGGCAGUUGAGUGAUACAGAAGGCGGAAGAGUAAAGGUUCCUUUACAAACAAGGGAGAUAACUGAAGAGGAAGGUGGAAAAGUUCUACAGUCCAAUGGUUUACAGCAUCGUGUUGUGCUGGCAGAUAGUAAUGAUGUGAUAUUAGGACUUGCACACUAUGAAGCAGUACAGGCAGGUAAAAACAUUCCAAAGAAUGGCUCUAUUAUUGACACUGAGCAUUGCUCCUUGGAGUUGAAAGAAGAUUAUUUCAGUAGUACCAGUCCAGCAGAGGGCCCUAUUCCCACCCCAGACCCUACUGCUGGAGAACUUGGACCUGUGGUUCCAGUUUCAAACUCAGAACAUAGUCACAAACUUGGUUUUACCCAAGACUCGCUAAACCCCGAUGAAGAGUUUUUAUCAACUAAAAUUAGUAGUGAGAAAGUCGAUGAGCUGGAUUCUCCGGAAAGUAUAAACCAGAUUGACCGAGAAGAUUGUUUUUCAUGGGAGGAUGAUAAAUUAUCACUAACCAUAGACACUGAUAAAACUGACCAUAGAUUAGACGAUAUGGCGGGUCUUGCGUCAUCCUUCAAGGAGAUUUCUGUGUUAGAUCAUAUACAAGUGACUGAAGUUGAAGCUCAUAAAGUGGGAACGGAAGAUAAUGUAGUUAAAAAGGAGCAGACAGAAGACAUGCCAUCGAGCAGUACAUCCAGCCCAGGUGUGAAAGCUGCAGCAAUUAAAAGCAGACUGACCAAUGCUUUUGGUGGGUUCAAAGGCAGGCUACGCAAGUCAACAUCUCGAGAGUCGAGCGAACCAUCCACACCCGGAUCCCGUGAGUCCAGCACACCACCGUCACCUUCAUUGCCAAUGCUUCCUAUCCUGCACCAAGAUGAAUUUGGAUUUCCAUUGGCUAUAUUUACCAAGGGUUGUGUAUGUUUUCCGUAUUUAUCUCUGCAGUACUUUGACUUGUUAAAUGAUGUAAAUAUCAGAAGUUUUGUUAUUGGUGCCACCAAUAUGCUGUUUCGACACAAACGCCACCUGACAGAUGUUGUUGUUGAUGUUGCAGAAAAUAAAGUAGAUAUUCAUGAACGAGAGUUGCAGAAACAGCUUAUACUGACAACUGCUGAUCUCCGCUUUGCUGACAUCAUCGUUAAGGCAGUAACUGGGGCAACAGAGGAUGGUUACUUUGAUGGCACAGAGUGGGAAGGUAAUGAUGAAUGGCUGAGAGCACAAUUCAGGUUGUAUCUGGAAGGAAUGUUAGCGGCUGUUUUAACAGAUGAUCCAAAGCUAAUUGAAGAUUUUGGAGUAUCAUUUAUACAUUGUUGGAAGACUACACACAAUUAUAAGGUUUGGGCAAGUACGGCCUAUCCAGGGUGGAAAGACGUCCAGGCAGGACAUCCAUGCCAGGGACACCUUAGUGUGGCAGACAUAAAAGUUAGAUUUGCACAUACAAUGAACAACACUGAAGGUGGGAAGAAAAUCAAUGCAGCUGUAUCCACAACUGGAAAAUAUGUUGUCCAGACAGGAAAAGCUGUUGGAGGGGCAUUAACACAGGCAAAGUCAUCAUUGUCAUCCUGGUUCUCUAACUGGAAAUCAUCCAGUGACAAAGACACAAAAGAUACAGAAGAUACACAGACAUGAAUUACAGCUAUCUAGAGAUAAAGAAAGAUGGGAUAAAAUGUUAAAUUUGAAGACCAGUCUUAAAAUUCCAGCAAUCUGAUAGGUUGAUUUUUAUGCCCCCGAAGGUGGGCAUAUUAAAAUCGCACUGUCCGUCCAUGGGUCCGGUUAAUUCUUGUCCGGGCGGUAACUCUUUCAUCCAUCAAGGGAUUUUGAAAUUACUUGGCAUAAAUGUUCACCAUAAUGAGACGACUUGUCAUUCGCAACAUCCAGUCCUGUAUCUCCAAGGUCAAGGUCACACUUAGAGGUCAAAGGUUAUCAUGGUCUGUUUCGUAUCCAGUCCAUAACUCUGCCAUCCAUGAAGGGAUUUUCUAAUAACUUGGCAUAAAUGUUUACCAUAAUGAGACGACAUGUCAUGCGCAAGAUCCAGACCCCUACCUCCAAGGUCAAGGUCACACUGAGAAGUCAAAGGUUUUCUUGUCUGGUCCAUAACUCUGCCAUUCAUCAAUGGAUUUUGAAAUUACAUGGCAUAAAUGUUCCUCAUAAUGUCAUGCGCAAGAUCCAGACCCAUAGCUCUAAGUUUAAGGUCACAGAGGUUAAAAGUUAACAGGGUCUGUUGCUUGUAUGGUCCACAACUCUGCCAUCGAUGAAAGGAUUUUGAAAUUACUUGGCAUAAAUUUUCCCUAUAUUGAAAUGAGGAGUCAUGCACAAGACCCAGACCCCUAGCUCCAAGGUCAAGGUCACACAGAGAAGUCAAAGGUUUUUCUUGUCUGGUUCAUAACUCUACCAUUUACCAGGAGAUUUGAAAAUAAUUUAAAAAAAAAUGUUAACCAUAUUGAGAAUGUCUGUCACACUUAUGACCCGGGUUUUUUAGGUCAAGGUCAAGGUCACGAAAUGAGGUGUGACCUUUUACGCAUACAGCUGUAUCAUUCUUGGGCAUGCUUCGGGGGCAUUUGUCACCAGUAGUGACAGCUCUUGUUUUAAAAUUAUUCAAAAAUUGACCAGUGACAUGGUGUUAGACAGGACUCCAGUUAUAGUUAUGUAAGAGUUUUUAUUGGAAAUUCCAAUUAUAUUCAACUAGGAAAGAGCUAAAAUGUUCAGCAAAAUAUUUUUUAAGUUACUGAAAUGUUUCAUGAAAGUUUUCAGAUUUAAAAAGAAGUAAAAAUUUAUGUGACAGAUACUGAUAGGCUGAAUGGAAAGGGUGUAUUUCUUGUACAUGUAUACUGUGGAUUUUAAAGGAAAUGGAUGUUAAGUUGUUAUAAAAACACACUAAAAUUAAGAAUUAGUUUUAUGUUCAUCCCAAGACAUGUCACAUAUACAACGGGCAUUCGGUAUAAUUGUAUAAUUGUCUAUAAUGAACAAGAUCUUUUGUUUCUGCACUGAACAUAAUGUCAAGUUAUCAAACCAUUGUCAGGAUUCAAAAUGACAAGUACUGCAAAGGUUGUAAAUAUGCAUUGUAAAUCGCAUAUAUUGAGAAACUGGCUAUAGAGGUAGUGCAGGCAGAUUAUUGGCAGUUUGUAUUUAUAAAGCACUUAAGAUAUUUAAUUGUAUGUUUUACUUUCCUUUUCUCUUAAUUUUGAUAAAAAUCAACCCUUAUAAACAUUUGCCCUGCAAAAUUUCUAGAAUGGAUUGGUCCAUCAUUCAGUUGGGGCAAUUCAUAAUUUUAAUAUGUCCAAAACAUUGCGGUACUAAUUUCACUUUGGUAAUGAUUACAUUUUACUUGGACUGUCAUAGACUCCCUGUGAAAAAUCUCAAAUUUUAAACUAAAAUCAAAGUACUAAAUCUAUAUGAAACCUCAAAGUUUUGUUAUUUGUAGCAUCAUCUGUAGCAUGUGCAGUCAAAAAUGUAAUUUGAUUUCUUAAAUAAUGUGAUAUUUAUGUCUAAAGUCACUAUAUCUUCCUUGUAAAAAUACUUCGUUUUACCCAUUCAAGUGGAAACAGGCACAUACUUGAAAAUGCAGUUCUCUGAUUGGUCCGUUAAAAUUCCUGAUGUCAUGAUAAAGUUAUGAAUUCCACUUAUUAUUAGGAAUUUUCACUGAAAAUUUACUGACUGAAUAACAAACAGUGCAGACCAUGAUCAACCUGCACCAGUAGGCUGAAGCUGGUAAAUUAGCCUUGUCAGAAAGGUCAUUUUCAAAUUUGUAGUCAUUUAUAUAAAACCUGCCAACUUUGUUGCUUCAGAAAAACAUCCUAGUAAUUACUUGGGUGUAAAUAAAUGGUCGCAGAAUAACUUUUGUUUUUAUGAACAACUUUAAGGAUUUUCACCAAACCUAGUUAGAAGCAAAGUCAGAUGAUUAAGGUUGUCUUCAGGUGAGCGACUUGGACCCAUUUGGGCCUCUUAUUGCCUUUUAUUUUCAUUUAAUCGACAAGGCUGUUAAAUAGUUGAACAUUGCUUUUGCUUUUUCGGCCUUAAAUUUUGAAGAGAGAACUUACCAUUACACAAAUAAAAAAAAUAAUAUUGAGCCAUGCCAUGAGAAAACCAACAUAGUGGGUUUGCGACCAGUGUGGAUCCAGACCAGCCUGCGCAUCUGCGCAGUCUGGUCAGGAUCCAUGCUGUUUCUUUCAAAACCUGUUGCAAUUAGAGAAACUGUUAGCGAACAGCAUGGAUCCUGACCAGACUGCACUGAUGUGCAGGCAGGUCUGGAUCCAUGCUGGUCGCAAAGCCACUAUUUUGAUUUUCUCAUGGCACGGCUCAGUUAUGUUACAUAACUUUCAUUUGAUGAAAAACUAUUUGUAAUAAAAAUGUUGGGUGAUAUUAUUUGCUUACGUAGUUUAGCUUAUAUAUUUCGUAUUUAUACUGCUAUUGUUAUUUAUACAUGUAAUAUAUGUAGUAUUUAGUUAUGACUUGAGCCGGCUAAAAAUAUAAAAUUUAGAGAAAUAAAUGAAUUCCUUGAAGAAUGAAAUUCUUUACCUUGAUGUCUAACAUCUUCAACAGAUAUGCAAAUUACCAGGAAGGUAGAGUGUUGUGUAUGGCUUAAUUAUGUGCAAUGUUAUAUGGGGAUAUUUUUCUACUAUUGUUGAACUUACAUGUAUGUGCAAUCCAUUAUGUUAUUACCACUUGAAAAUCCAAGGUAGUUUUCAACUCUUUCAGGUGGCAUGUCAUGCAUAUUUGUGUUUGCGUGUGUUCAAACAUUGAAACUGCAUAAUCUGUUUUUGUUUCCACUGCUGUUAUCCUGCAAACACGUUUGCAAUGGGCAUUUUCUCUAACUCAGUGUAAUUGCCCUAGUUCUCAAAAUGAUGCAACUGUGAAAUGAUAUCACAUAUUUACUGUACUAUUAGUAUUAGGCUUAAAACAAUGUUUGUUUUCGGUAUCCCAACCUACCCUAAAAAUUUGCUGUGACGCUAAAUGUUUUUACGGCGUUCGCUUUGUGUUGCUCUUUCUCCACUGUAAAAAAAGAUUUCCUACCUACCCUAUUUUUCAGGGGCAUGUUACCGGAAACAAACAAUAUUUUUUUAGGCCUUGCUAACCCAACAAAAAAUGCUAUUGUUAUGAGCAUUUAUUGGCAACCUGUGACCUAUUUCUGUUUAUUGAGUGAUAAAAUUAAAAUGUGUUUUGUUUUUAUUAAUGAACUUUGUUAAGAAAUGUGAUACAUUAUACUGAAAUAUAUGUUUAUUGUAAAUAUAAAAGGGGUUUACUUAACUUUAUAAA